AUGGGAGAUCUUCCAGACUCAGAAACACGUCACAAUUUUUACAACAUUCUGGGAAUUCCAAGGACUGCAUCUCUCCCUGAUAUUUACAGUAAAUACAAAUCUCUUAUCGUCAAAUGGCAUCCUGACAAAAAUCCCACAAACAAAGCCGAAGCUGAAGCCAAGAUCAGAUCCAUCAAUGAGGCCUACAGGGGAAGCACAACCCCGAUUAUGUUUUCGCGGUCCGGAGCCUGGAAAAAACCCCAGCCCACUGUCAAGAAACUCGAAUGCACCCUCGAGGAAUUGUUGCAUGGAUGUGUCAAGAAGAUCAAGAUCACAAGAGAUGUCAUCUCAAAUCCAGGAUUCAUAAUCAAAGAGGAAGAGACACUUAUUAUCAAUGUAAAGCCUGGAUGGAGAAAAGGAACAAAAAUAACAUUUGAAGGAAAGGGAGACGAGAAACCAGGCACCCGUCCAGCAGACGUUAUCUUUGCCAUUGUUGAAAAAAAACAUCCAAUGUUUAAACGGAGAGGAAAUGAUUUGGAGAUAGGAGUUGAAGUGCCUUUGGUUCAAGCUCUAACAGGUUGUACGUUUUCUGUCCCUAUAUUAGGAGGCGGUAAAAUGACGCUUUCAAUUGAUGAUAUUAUAUAUCCUGGAUACGAGGAAAUCAUCCCUGGACAGGGCAUGCCUAAAUUCAAAGAUGAAGCUAACAGAGGAGACCUUCGACUCAAGUUUCUCGUUGAAUUUCCUACAGAAUUGAGUGAUGAACAACGCUCCAAUGUAGUUAAUAUUUUACAAGAAUGUUCUUGAUUGAUCAUGCAUUAAUUGUUAUUUUUCUCCUAAAAACAUGUUCCAGUAUUUUAGUUUUAGUUAGACAGAUAGAUAAGAUAUAAUGAUCUGUAUACUUGCAUCCCAGAAUGCUUG